UAUGGCUGCCUCACUGCCUGUGAGGGGAAGUCACCGAUGUUCCGUUUGAUGAGCCUAGUAACAGGACCUAUUUUACACGUGUUGCCAAUGAGAGAUUUGCGCAAGCGCAGUAAGGCAGUUAGAAAUCGGAAGUUCCCCCUCCCCCUUCUUUUUAAAAAUGGCAGCGCCCGGUGGCGGUAGCGUGGCGCAGUCGGAUUUCUUGGGUUUUGGUCCCGGGGCAAAGGCAGGAGAGAAGGGGCUGCGUAAAAGGAAACGGGUAAAUAAGAACAAGAAGAAGAACUGGUUACGGCACAGCGAUGUGAAGGACGUGGAAGAAUUCUUGGACGAUGUCCGAUUUCAGCAGAGGACGGCAGGUGGGCUGUUGCAAGAUAAAGCAGAUGAGAGCCUGUUUUUUGUUGACACUGGCAAACCAGAAAAAGGUGCUAAGUUAAAGAAGAAAGAUGCACCACUGCAUAUAGAUCUGAUCCUGCAAAGUGACUCAAAGGUCCUCCCACCAAAAGAUAUAUCUUCACAUCAAGUCCCAAAUGGAAGGAAACUGAAGCGAAAGCAGGAGUUGCAGGCAAAGUUAGAAAAAAGAGGAAUUCUUUCUCGGUCAGAGAAACUUUUGCAAGCACGGCUAAAUAAGAGAGACUCAAAGGCUAAAGCAGAAGCUUCCAACAACUCUGGCAGGAGCUUUUAUGACAUCUGGGGAAAUGACAAUCCCCUAGACUUUGAACAUCAAGGAAAAGACUCUUGGUAUCUUGAACAGACCAAAAAAAGCAGAGUUAAGCAUCCAGAUAGAUUAAGGGUCAAACCUUCUGAAGUACCAGCCAUUGAGCUUGUGAGUUCUGGUUCCUCCUACAACCCAUCAUUCCAGUCACAUCAGAUGCUUCUUUUGCAAGCUCAUGAAGUGGAACUAAAAAAAUUAAAAGAGGAAGAAAAAAUUGAAAAGCAGCUGAAGUUUCCCACGGCUGCAGAUGCACCCACCGAGGAAAGCCGGUUUCAGGAGCUGUGUGAGGGGCUUGUGGAAGAAUCUGAGGUGCCUGCUGCUGCCGAAGAGCGGUCUGAAGAGCAGGGCACAGGUUCUUGUUUGCAGAGAGAGCGAAAGACUGAGCGGCAGAGAAAGAAGGAAAAGGAAGCUAAAAUUCUGAGAGCCAAGCUGCAUGCAGAUAAGAUUAAGAAACAACGUAUUCAGAGUUUGUUCCAACUAAGGUCCAUUCAAGCAGCACUUGCAAAGCGGGAGGGAGAGAUGGCACGUCGCAAAGCACUAAAGGCAGAGAAACGGAAAAAAGAGGCCUUGCAGCCACGAAGGCUAGGUCGUCUUAAGUAUAAAGAUCCAGAAAUAGAUGUACUGCUUAGUGAUGAGCUUCCAGAAUCCCUGAGGAAAUUGAAGCCUGAAGGCAACAUUGCAACUGAUAGAUUUAAGAGCUUUCAGAAGAGGAAUAUUAUUGAACCACGAGAGAGAGCAAAGUUUCAGAGGAAGUUGAAAGUGAAAUAUGUGGAAAAACGUGCUUUCCGGGAAAUCACGUUAUAGCAACUGGCUGCUGUCUCCUGUACAAAUACUGGGCCUUUCAAAAAAUUUCCAGGUAUAUGGACAUCUGUAAAGACUGGGUGUCUACAGUUGGAUCUUCUGAGUUGCUUAAAUCUAGUCUUUCCAGAGCUGCCUGUACAGUAAAAGCUUUACCUUACCUUCCUGGUGCUGCUCCAUUAAAUAUAUUUACAUUAUAAGCAAUAGACUUGUUACCUGUAAUCCUUGGCUAGACACACAUUUGAAUUUAUCACCGACACAUUCAACACUUUUUCUUAUAUUUGGAUACAAUAAACUAAAGGUCAUGUUAUCAGAA